CAAUGGAGGUUGAGUAUUUCCAAUGAAGCAGCAGAACCACCUUUCUUGGGAGUCUCACCUGGUACGUAGAUCUUGAUGUUAAACACCAAUUGAUAUCGUAAUACCCAUAUGGCCAAAUCUUUAUGUAUUUGACACCCGAAAAUGUGAAACAUAAAUUCAAAAUUAUUACACAAAAUUCGGCCCCAAUUUCCACCAACACGGAUCCACCCCGGCCGCGCUUCCGGCCCCGCCAAAAAGGAAACUUCUCAAACAACACCUUCCUCCCCCUGCCCUGCCUCUCCUUAACCAUCAAUGUACGAGAUCCGCACCGCCGGCCUCAAAGGGCUUGGUGUCUUCUCCAAAGCAUUCCUCCCGCGAGGAACACGAAUAUUUUCCGAAGCGCCUCUCCUCGCAAUCCGGUCUGGUCAAACUGCAGGGGACAUCUAUUCCGCGUCCCGAUUUCUUUCGCCGGAAGAUAAGGGGAGCCUUUUGGGGUUGUCGACGCAUGUUACCAACGAAUUGAAGAUUAUGAGAUGGAGUCAAGCUGCUUGGUAUACUUUAACUAAUACGGUUUCCGAGAUAUUUGGGAGGAAAGGGAGGGGAGUAAUAGGAUGGCCGAAUCCUAAAGAGCACGUGACAGUUCUGAACAUUUUCAGAAACAACGCUUUCAAUCUGGGCGCCAGCUCCUUAUUCCAGCAAGCUGUCUUCCCGAGAAUCUCGAGGAUAAACCAUUCCUGUGUCCCAAACGCGCAGGGGAAUUUCCACGACGAGAUGGGGCGGUUUAAUGUUCAUGCGACGAGGGAUAUUGAAGGGGGUGAGGAGGUGACGUUGAACUAUUUGCAGGAGUUGGGGACGGCGAGGGAGUCGAGGCAGGAGAGGUUGUGGGGUGGGUAUGGGUUCGCCUGCGAGUGUCCAGCUUGUGAUUUGAGUUUGGAGAGAGCGAGACAGGGGGAGAAGAGGCGGGUGAAAAUGCAUGAGGAGCUGGCGAAGUAUGUUGAGGGGAUGGCAAGUGGUGCUGUGCUGGUUUUGGAGGCGGAGUUGGAGGCUGUUCAGAGGUUCAUCCGGCUGCUCGAGGGAGAGGGAAUCGCUGGGAGGGAACUGUCGACUUUGUGAGUGACCACCCAAAUCGGAUUGUGAAGUGUCACUUGCUAACCGAAAACGGGUACAGAUAUUUAGAAGCUGCAAAGCUGAACCAGGGUUAUGAAAAAUACGAGGAAGCCUUGCGCUGUGCUGAGAGAGGAUUGGCCAUCGACGGAGAUUGUUUAGGUACAGAUCAUCCGCUGUAUCAGAAUAGCUUGAAGGCCGUCCAUGAUUUGAAAAGACUUCAAUGAUCUCAGAUUCAAUUUACAGAAUAUUUUGCUCCAUGGUUCGCCGUCACCAAUUUUGAGAAGCUCGAGGUUCAGCGGGGGAUCAGAAGACACGAGA